AUGAAGAGAGACGAAGCUUGCACUCGCACAGGAAUGUGUUGGCAAUGUCAGAUGAUCCAAGGCAGUUUCUUAGUAUGCCAGAAGAAGCCCAGCGGAUGGUUCUUUAACUUGAGGCACAGCUUGCAGUUUGGCAUUGGAUUACACCAUGCCGGUCUGAAUGACAAAGAUAGAUCUCUGGUUGAGGAGCUUUUUGCAAACAACAAGAUUCAGGCAUUUCUGUUUUACCUCAGUAUUGGUUUGUACCAGUACAUUGGCAUGGGGUGUAAACCUUCCAGGAGUAUAUUGCAGCAACUGUUCUUCAGGACAAAUUUACGGUAUAGCCGUGAGUCUCAAGUAUCAGUGGGAGCUGCCUUCGGGGUAGGCCAGUCCACAGUUUCUCAGGUGACUUGGAGAUUCAUUGAAGCAUUGGAAGAACGUGCCAAGCACCAUCUCAAGUGGCCUGAUUCCAACAGAACGGAAGAAAUAAAGUCCAAACUUGAAGAAGCCUUUGGAUUGCCCAAUUGUUGUGGAGCCAUAAAUGGUACACACAUCAUUAUGACCCUUCCUACCGUUCAAACAUCAGACGAUUGGCGUGACCUGGAGGACAACUACAGCAUGCUCUUGCUCUCUUAG